AGGAAAUCUCACCUGUCCUGCCCUGGGCAGGAGGCGGGGGGAGAUCCGUGUGGCUCCCCCACCCAAAAGCCCUUUCAGCCCAUUCCGGGCCGGGGCUGCCGCUGCGGGUGGGGUUUGGCUGCUGAAGUCGCCGGGGAGUUUUUCUCCCCACUCAGCUGCGGCUGCCAGAGGGGCAAAGGGGGCGCGGGCUGGGCGGGAGGGGACCUUUGUGUUCCGCUCCUGCGGGCCAGAAGGUGUCGGGGGCACUGCGGGGCUGGGCGGGGAACCUAGGCCGAGGCGACUGUCUUGGCCGAAGGAGCUUGACUGACUCUCUGGAGACCCGUGGCCAGACCCGACCGAGCCCCCUGCCCGGCCCCGCCACUCCUUUCCUGCCACGGUCUCGGCGGUCCCGUUUGGAGAGCCCCCCCCCCCACUCCCAAGUCCAGCGGCGGCGGAGGCAGCUGUGGGGGCCCCGCGCGCUGCAGGGAGCAGCUGGAAGGGGAGGGAGCGGGCUGGGCGGCUCUUUGCCCCGAGUCGACGUGGAUGAGGCCCCCGAGAGGUUCCGACAUGGCCGAGAGGAGGUUCGGGAGGAGCCUCUGGCUUUUCGGCUGGCGCAGACCCCAGCGCUGGCUCGGCUGCCCGAGACGCCGCCCCUCCCUCCGCCACCUCCGCCGGGCCUCCCCUCCCUCCCUCCCUCCCUCCGGACGGCGAGGGAACGGAAUCUCCCCCCCCCCCGCAGCCAAGGAGAGCCCCUCUUUCUUCCCCGCGCCUCCUGCCACGCCCCCUCGCCUUUCCCGCGGUUGCACCCAGUCCAGGGACACCCCCGCGGUCCCUCCUGGCUCCCGGCCAGCAGGGCAACUUCCCCCCUCCCUUGGCCUGUCCCCUGAGCGCGGGCACCCUCUGGGCCACCUUCCCGGGCGGGCGCGCUCCUCUGCCCGCCCCCCGCCCCGCCUGGCCUCCAGCCCCGGAUCUGGGCCCCGCCUUCCUCCCCCUGGUGCGCUCCGGGCGGUGGCAGGAUGCCAAGGAGCUGCCCGGACCUGCGCCAGCCAGCCAGCCAGCAUGCACCGCACCACCCGCAUCAAGAUCACCGAGCUCAACCCGCACCUCAUGUGCGUGAUCUGCGGGGGCUACUUCAUCGACGCCACCACCAUCAUCGAGUGCCUCCACUCUUUCUGUAAGACCUGCAUCGUUCACUACCUGGAGACCAGCAAGUACUGUCCCAUUUGUGAUGCUCAAGUUCACAAAACCAGGCCGCUUUUGAACAUCAGGUCCGAUAAAACUCUCCAAGACAUUGUGUACAAGUUAGUACCAGGCCUUUUCAAAAAUGAAAUGAAAAGAAGAAGAGACUUCUAUGCUGCUCAUCCCACCACUGAUGCUGCCGUUGGCUCCAAUGAAGACAGGGGAGAGGUGGCAGACGAAGACAAGCGCAUCAUAACAGAUGACGAGAUCAUCAGUUUAUCCAUUGAGUUCUUUGACCACAACAGAGUGGAGCGGAAGGGAACAAAAGAGAAAGAGAAAUCCAAAGAGGAGGUGAACGACAAAAGGUAUCUGCGCUGCCCAGCAGCAAUGACUGUGAUGCACCUGAGAAAGUUUCUGCGGAGUAAGAUGGAUAUACCCAAUACUUUCCAGAUUGACGUGAUGUACGAAGAGGAGCCGCUGAAGGACUAUUACACUCUAAUGGACAUCGCCUACAUUUACACGUGGAGGAGGAACGGGCCGCUCCCUCUGAAGUACCGGGUCCGGCCGACGGGCAAGCGGCUGAAGCUGGGUGGCCACCAGCGCGGCGGCGUGGAGGGCUUGAACCACAGCGGGGAGCUGGAAAGUGACUCUGGAAGCGACAAGGCCGGCAGCCCAGCCGGCGGGGGACCCUCCACCUCCUCCUCAUGCCUGCUCAGCCCGCAGCCCUCGGUCCAGUCGCAGCACCCGCACUUCCCGCACAUCUCCAGCACCCUCAAUGGCACCGGCAGCGGCUGCAGCCCCGGCAGCGGCAACCACCACCCCGCCUUCCCCAACCGGGCGCGGAAAGCCUCCAUCAACGGCGCCUCUGCCACCUCCUCCGGCUGAGCCGCCCCGUCCCGCUGGGCUUGGACUCCCCAAAGGCCCGGGAGCCUCCUCCGGCUCCCGUGCCCGUCCGCCUGUGGCCGAUUCCCGCAAGUGGGCUGGAAGGCAAAGGGCGCUCCUGACAGCACACUCCUUUACUUGGAUUUUUACUUGGAUACCAACCGAGGGCGGGACUCGAACAUUGCUUUCUGGCACUGCCAGGAGCGGCUUCUUAAGGACUAACCCCCAUGUGAACCAAGGGGUCAAGCCAGGUCAGCCGGGCAGGCGGAGGAGGGCUUGCUUUCUGUCCCUGGCCUGGGAAGGCUACGGCAACGGAUGCAUAUCAAGAUCUGGAAUAUAGUUUUGCGAAUCUGGAUUUACAGUUACGCACUGCGGAUUUGCUAACUGCAAGUGCGCCGUGAAGACGAGUGGGUUUUUGCAGACAGCAGAAAUGGAUAUGUACAUUUCCCUCCAAUCUUGGUAUUUGCAGCGGAAAGAAUAUGCAUAGAACUAAAUACACACACGUGUAGCCAUGUCACUGUGAAUAACAACUAUGUCUUGCUUAUUGGCCAUUUUGUUUGCUGCCCUCGCCCCCAGCUUUUCUGUUGCUGCGCAGAACCGGUUUAAGUAGGAGGAAAUGACCUUUUUUUCCUAAAAAGCGGGUAUUUGGCGGUUUUAUCUCACGACUGUUUUUUUUUUAAGAGAAAAAAGAACAUUUCCACUUUUUGUAAGAAUCCGGUGGCACCAGCCUCGUUUGAACAAUGCCAUAUUGGUAUAAGGCGACACAAAACAGGAAGCAGUAUUGUACGAUAUAUUUAUAAAUAUGAGAGAGUGUUUCAGGCAUUGCCACCCGUGGGUUCGAUCCCCACCCUCGAGCUUAGCCUCUGUUUGGAUCCUUGCUGAUGCCCCCCCCCCCAGCAGAGAUUCCAACCCAUUCCCCCUUCCCUGCCUGGGUUGGAGGGUCAGCCAGGCUCUCCCUUAAUUUGGAGGCCACUGGCGAUCUUUUUACCGGCUCUAUCUGUUCGAGUAGUAUAGUCUUUUUUGUUACUUUUACACAAUGUGAUUGAUGGUUUUAAAGAUGGGGAGGGGGAGGGUGGAGCGGCAAGAAGGCAAAGUUGGAAGGGAGGGGGCGAUUUUUACUGUUUCGAUCGCUUUAUGAUUUGAUGUGAUGGGGUUUGUGCGUGCGCGCGACUUUUUAUUAAUUUUUAAUUAAAAAAAAAAGCACAGGAAAAACCAUACCAGAAGCCAUAAAACAUGCGGGCAUCUCGUCCACUCCUUCUUUUCUUUCUUAAGAAAUCGGCCAAGUCGCUGGAUGAAGGCUUUUAAUCAGAAAUUGUUUUAAUAUAUAUAUGUAUGUAUGUAUAUGGUACAGUACUAACUCGGUGGAAGGUUCGCAGGUACUUUGAAUAGUUCCCACUGGCUGUUGCCGCAGUAAGGUUUGGGGAGAGAUUGUGCUGGAACAAGAAGGGACAGUUUUAAAAUUAGCAAUCCCUCCCCAUCCCCCAAGAAAAAUCUUUUUCAGUUUGUGGUUUGCUUUGGUCCAGCCUGGUGUGUGUGUGUGUGUGUGUUCUUCGCCCACCCGUUCAACAUUUUUGACUCUGACUCUCGUUUCAUGUUUGUACGGGGAACUUGUAGCUGAACGUUUCAUUGUCUCUAGUCUGCGAAAGAAGCACAAAUUCUACUGCUUUUGUCUUGCUUAUGGUCAUUAAAUCAUUACUUUUUGCAUA